CCAUGGUUUAUGUGUGCCGGCUGUUUCAAGCAUCAAAACAAAUCUGUGUGUUUUGUAUUCCAGUAAUCAUCUUUGACGGAUCGAUCAAGUGAAAGAGACGAUAUGAGUCGCAGGAAAAGAGCGAAGGUUGAAUAUAGAGAAAUGGAGGAAAAAUACAAUCAAUUGGACGAUGAUAAUGCCUCAGAUACAGAAAAAUCAAAGCCUGGUCUAGUAACUCCUGAGAAAAAAGUUUCCACAGAUGGAAGGAAAGAAUCUGAGUCUACAACACCAGCUUCGGUACCUUCUGCUUCAAAAACUGAGUGUAAGGAAGAAGAUGAUCAAGACAGUGAUCAUGAAGAUACACAUGUAAAGGAAUUGCUGAAUGGAUUAGAGGGUGCAGCCUUUCAGAGUCGUCUUCCGUUUGAUAAAUUGACAUCCACUGAAGCUGCAUGUUUUCCUGACAUUUCUGGUGGACCACCACAAACGCAGAAAGUGUUCUUGCAUAUUAGAAAUAGACUGCUGCAAAUUUGGUUGGAAAAUCCAAAGCAACAAUUGAUUAUUGAAAAUGCAUUACCUGCUAUUGAGCCGCCUUACAACAGCGAUCCAGUUUUGGCUCGUAGAAUUCAUGCCUUCUUAGAACGUCAUGGUUUUAUAAAUUUUGGAGUCUUUAAACGUCUUAAGCCUUUACCUACUAAAAAAUUAGGUAAAGUCAUUGUGAUAGGAGCCGGAAUUGCUGGUUUGGCAGCAGCUCAGCAGAUGCAACAGUUUGGCUUAGAAGUAAUUGUGUUUGAAGCUAGGGAUCGUGUUGGCGGACGAAUCGCCACGUUUCGUAAAUCAUCUUAUAUCGCGGAUUUGGGCGCCAUGGUAGUCACAGGUUUAGGUGGAAAUCCCGUAACGACUCUCAGCAAGCAAAUCAAUAUGGAGCUUCAUAAAAUACGGCAAAAAUGUCCGUUGUACGAAAGUGAUGGUCAAACGGUCCCGAAAGAUAAAGACGAAAUGGUCGAAAGAGAGUUCAAUAGAUUGUUGGAAGCCACCUCUUAUCUUUCACAUCAAUUAGAUUUCAAUUACGUAGGUAGCACUGGAUCCGGUGGACAAAGUGGUAAUACACGUCCAGUGUCUUUGGGACAAGCGCUAGAAUGGGUGAUACGUUUACAAGAACAAGGCGUGAAGCAACGUCAAGUAGCUCAUCUUCGUUCUGUACUCUCGUUACAAGGACGAUUAGUUACCAAUCAACAUAGAAUGAUCUCUAUUAUGGACCGUUUGGUAGAAUUGAAUAAGCAGUACAAGGAGAUGGCUGAGUGCAAACCACAAAAUCGAGAUAUAACGCAAGAAUUUGUGCUCCGUUCUAAGUUGCGUGAUCUCCAUAAUGCUUGCAAGGAGUGGGAUCAGUUGUCAGAUCAGCAGAAGGAAAUUGAAGCGAAACUGCAGGAAUUAGAGGCCUCACCACCCAGUGACGUCUAUUUGUCAUCCAAAGACCGGCAGAUACUGGAUUGGCACUUUGCAAAUUUGGAAUUCGCCAAUGCAACGUCGCUCUCAAAUUUGAGCUUGAAGCACUGGGAUCAAGACGACGAUUUCGAAUUUACCGGAAGUCAUCUAACUGUUCGCAACGGUUAUUCUUGCGUACCUGUUGCUCUCUCGGAAGGACUCGAUAUUCGAUUGAACACAGCUGCCAGGGCGGUGCGGUACGGGCCAAGCGGCGUGGAAGUGUGGGUCGCGCCCGCCCGCAGUCCGCACACAAAUCAAACCAUCCACAAGGCCGACGCUGUUCUGGUUACGCUACCACUUGGGGUCCUCAAGGCUUACUCGCCACCUUCCGGGGUCGCCUUCCACCCGCCGCUUCCGGAGUGGAAGACCCAGGCCAUUCAACGACUCGGCUUCGGCAAUUUAAAUAAGGUGGUAUUAUGCUUCGAGCGCAUCUUCUGGGAUCCAACGGCCAAUUUGUUCGGCCACGUGGGAAGUACCACCGCGUCGCGCGGCGAGCUCUUCUUGUUCUGGAACUUAUACAAGGCGCCGGUCCUCUUGGCCCUCGUCGCCGGUGAGGCAGCCUGCGUAAUGGAAAAUGUCAGCGACGACGUUAUCGUCGGCCGUUGCAUCGCCGUGCUGAAGGGCAUCUUCGGGAACCAAGUCGUACCGCAACCGCGAGAGAGCGUCGUGACGAGAUGGCGUGCAGACCCAUGGGCUCGCGGCUCCUACAGCUUCGUCGCGGUCGGCAGCUCCGGCAGCGAUUACGAUCUCUUGGCGGCUCCGGUCGCGGCGCCAUCGCCGUUGAUCAACCAUCCACCGGGCACCCAAUCGCAGCCGAGGGUGUUCUUCGCAGGUGAGCACACUAUACGAAAUUACCCAGCGACCGUGCACGGCGCAUUCCUGAGCGGCCUUCGCGAGGGCGGACGUAUAGCCGACCAGCUUUGCGGGAGUCCUUACGCGCCGCCGACGAUGCCGACUUCCGUUCCGCCGUCGACGGGGAUCGCGCAGGCGAAUACCGGCAGCAGCUCGACGCCUUAGAGCGUCUCCGCGCGUUUUGUCUUUCCUCGGAUCGCGGGAUAUGGUCGGGGACAGCCGUCUUUCCGUGGCAGAGCGUUCCCUUCGUGCAGCUUUUUGCCGCAGAGGGAGAGAGAGGGGGAGAAGGAGGGAGAGGGAGGAGGAGAGCAAAAUUCUCCGCAACGCAAUUCACGACUGUAGAUUCCUCGAUCGGACGUCGGUCCGAUCUUGUAGCUCGACGUUUUCACGGCACGUUACGCGUCGCGUACUUCCUCUCUCUCUCUCUCUCUCUCUCUCUCUCUCUCUCUCUCUCUCUCUCUCUCUCUCUGAGUUUCCUCGAGUGAGCUUUUACUCAAAACGGACGAACAUUCGUCCGUUGUACUGAUGAAAACGUCGGAAACCGCUAGAGCGCAUGUUCAACGCUACACUGAUGGCACUGAAUGGGUCAGUUUGUAUCAAGUCAAGGUCGUCAGAAUAACGCGGGGAAAAAGUAUGCUUACUUUAUCUAUUUAGUUGAUAUUUUGCUUUUUAGUUUCGUUUUAGUUGAAUUGUUUCUCUUCCACUUUGUUCCACGUCGGUGGAAAGGUGCAAAGUGUCCCGUUUGACGAAUUUCAGUUCCUCUUGCGGAAGAGAUUUCAGAUCGGCCAUUCUGUGUUGACUCAAAGCUCGAGUGGAUUCUGAACUCUCGAUCGACCGGAGUACAUUUGACGAUGGAUUCGUCCUUCAAUGUCGCAGAAAAAUAUAGAAAAAGAAGGAAACGGCUGAAGUUCGUCCGCGCAUGAAUAGAAGAUAUUCACACGACGUUUCAGAAUGGCGGAAUCAGUUCUACACGAGUGAGAGAGAACGGUCACUCGACUUCACGGAUGGGAUUCCACUCAAGGUAAUUCAGAGGGUAGGCUGAAAAUAUUGUCGCGCCCAGCGCUAAUCUGCAAACACGUUCCGAACAUUUCGUAAAACUCCCGCCCCGUGCGCGAGUUCUAAUUAGUGUCAUGUUAAUCACUCAUGUCGCCUUAUCGAUUACAAUGUAGACUAAGUGCAGACCCUUCAUAUUCCCCUCCCGCUCUGUUUGACUUCGCUUUUUUCCCGAACUCUCGCUCGUAAGCUUCCGUUAUUUAGCUUGAUCUGCGCACAUAUUAAUCAUUUCUGUAGAUUAUUGCACGUCUCGCGCCCACGAGAGCGAGAAGUAUUAUUACCGUUAUUAUUAUUUUACCAUUAGUUUACUAUUAUAUACUAUCGUUACUAUUACUUUUAUUACUUUUACUACCGUUAUUAUUAGUACAAGCAUUCCACAACACACUUGGGCUGAAAGGGGAGAGAGAGAGAGAGAGAGAGAGUGAGAGAGGGGAGGAGAACUGUAACUCGUCAUUCUCUCUCUGUCUCUCUCUCUCUCUGUCUCUCUCUCUCUCUCUCUCUCUCUCUUUCUCUCAAAUGCAGAAUGACGCGAAGCCGCGAGGUGGAAUUAUCUGGUGACGCAGUAUUACUACAUGCGCUGGUGGCAAUCGCAGCGAACCUCACGUGGUGGAUCGAAUCCAAUCGCGUUCGCUUGUAAUUCGUACUUUUGAUGCGGCGAUUAUUCGCGUAAUAACGUUACCGCGGCGUGACGCGCGCAUCGAGUAUCGCGCAUAUUUGUAAACUUCGAGCUGGAUUUUCCUUCGCAUUUGCCGCACCCGCGCCCGCGCACCGCCGCGCGUACAAUCGCAUUGUGUGUGUUUUGGCGCAUUUUUAUUCCUAACGAACAACAUUUCGAUAGAGUCUCCCUCCCCCUCUAUAUCUCUGUCCCCUUUCUCUCCGAGAGGGGCACGAUCACUGCGGCAAAAUGACACCGCGAUCAUAAAGCGGCGUUCACAACGAGAGAUCGAUACGUCCGGAUACGUCCGUUUUAUGCUCGCCGCGAGCGAAGCGAGUAUAUCCGCGGACGUCUCGCUUCAUUGUGCUCCGGCAUUCCGCGCGCUUACGGACGGAGCCGGGCGUAAUUAACGAUAUUGAAAACUAAUCAGGCCGCGAAGCCGAUUACGAGCUUUCGUGCAUGCACACCUGCGCGCGUACACCUGUAGCUGUGUGUGUGUGUGUG